GCACGUGUAGAAAUGACAGUUCGAUAACCUCAAAAUGUUUACAAGAAAUUUGUUAAUUUUCACUCGAAAAACUCACAGAUGGGUGAAACCCGCCGGCCACGACACUGGAAUCAAAGUUUUCAAUUGCAUAACAAGAACUAAAGUCCCAUUUAUAGUGAAAAAUAAAAAUUUGGUGACAUGGUACACCUGUGGCCCCACAGUCUACGACUCUUCUCACAUCGGUCAUGCCAGUUGUUUUGUAAAACUGGACAUAAUUCAAAGAAUUUUGAGGCAUUAUUUCAAUUUAAAUGUAGUAACCGUGAUGAAUAUAACGGACAUUGAUGACAAAAUCAUUGCAAGGGCAAACACUUCUAAAGUUUCAACAAGCGAAUUGGCCAAAAAGUUUGAAACCGAAUUUUGGAAAGACUUGGAUGCUUUGGAGGUGAAUCGGCCAGAUUGCGUGUUACGAGUCACCGAAAAUAUGGAAAUUAUUAAAGACUUUAUCCGGAAGCUUGUGGAUAAUGGAAAAGCAUACAAAUCUGAAGACAGUUCUGUUUAUUUUGAUGUUGGGGCGUAUGAUAAUUAUGCAAAAUUACAAAAUAUUGGUGAAGACGCUCCGGAACCUUCCAAAUUUAAAAAAUCUAAGAUGGAUUUUGCGUUGUGGAAAGGGGCUAAACCAAAUGAGGUUUCGUGGGACAGUCCUUGGGGCAAGGGGCGCCCAGGUUGGCAUAUUGAAUGCUCAGCUCUAGCUAGUCAUAUUUUAGGCCCAGAAAUUGAUGUCCACGCUGGUGGGAUUGACCUACGUUUCCCACACCAUGAAAACGAAGAAGCCCAGUCUUGUGCACGGCACUGUAAACCCCAAUGGGUGAAUUAUUGGCUACACACUGGUCAUUUACACCUAAAAGACAGCCAAAAAAUGUCAAAAUCGUUACAUAACACGAUUUCAAUUAGCUCAAUGUUGGAAGAUGUCACGGCACCAGUUUUUCGCAUGGCCUGUCUUAUGUCACACUAUAGGUCUAGAAUGGAAUACAGUAAUGAAUUUUUAAUUACUGCUUCUAAAGUCCUAAAAAAUUAUACCAAUUUUAUUGAUAAUUGCGAAAGUUAUUUAAAUGGUUAUUUAAAAGCCGAAGUAAAUAAUGAUACAGUUAGUAAGUUGAUUAAUGAAAGUGCAAAUCAAAUUCAAAGAGCAUUAAUAGACGAUUUUAACACAUCUGAAGUGAUAAGAACUUUAAAUGAACUAAUUUCAGCUGUGAAUAGCAUUUUACAUUCAUCUCGCACCGAUUUGUGUAAUACUAAAUCAGUUGCUAUCAUAGGUGCUUCCAAUUUAGUCUCCAAUACGUUGAAUAUAUUUGGAAUAAAUGUAAACAAAAAACAGUCACGUGUUUGUGGUAAUUAUGUUGAUGUAAUGAACAUUUUAAAUGAUUUUAGACAGGAGAUAAGACAGUUGGGGAUUUCAAAUAAGGAUAAAAAUGUUUUAGAACUGUGUGAUCAAGUCAGGGAUAACUUAAAGAAUUUAGGAAUCACGAUAAAGGAUCACGGAAAAUUAUCCUCAUGGUCCUAAUUAAAUGUAUUUUUUUUACUUAAUAAAACAAUUAAAACUAUAAGCCAUAUAUUUUGAAAAGGAUAAAUAUAAUCAUCUCAUACAAGUGACGUCAUGCAAAACACAAUAUAAAAUCAAGCUUAAAAUAGUGCAACUGAAGUUAGUGAUAUUGCAAGAACAGAGCCCUAUCCCUAUUAAAACGACAAGCGAGUGUA